AUGGGGGGGACGGAGUUGAACCUGGACCAAUCCUUCAUGCUGCUUGGUCGGGUAAUGUGGAAUGUAUGGCCUUUCUUAUCCAAGAAGGCGCUGAUGUUCAUCAGACCGCACCUGGGCGUGAAGCUCCUAGUGGAACAUGGGGUUGAUAUAGACAUGGUGCGGGUUCGAGGAACGACGCCCGUGAAAAUGGCCGUGGAAUAUGGCCACUUUGACAUCGCCUCGUACUUGCUUGGGCAAGGGGCUAAAGUUCCAGAAGACCAAGACUUCUUCGUUUCCUGCGCCACCCGCGGAUACGCCAAGGGCCUUAGCUUGCUCUUGGAUAAGGCUGUUUCAAUAGACGGCGAAGACUCGGAGGGCUAUACCGCCAUCUUCAACGCGGUGGCGCACGGACAUGUCGAGGCUGUCAGUGUGUUGUUGGAUCGAGGGUUCUGCUACACCUAUAGCCGCCGCACAUGGCCGCCGUCGAGUUUUGGAAAUGCUUCUGGAUUACGUUGA